AAACCCAUUUGCCAGGUAAGGAAAAAAAAGAAAGAAAGAAAGAAAGAAAGGGAAACCAGAUUCAUACAUCAUAACUCAUAAGUAGUGAUGAAAAAUCAAGAUAUGAAAUAAGGUCAAUCGAACCACAGCACAUGGUUUUUCUCUCUUCUCUUCUUCAUCUGCGCUAGUACCAGAAACGUCGACGAAAGAAGAGUUUCUGAAAAACCCAGAAAAAACCCAUCUUCAAUGCGUUAAAUCUACUUGAAUUUUGCAAAGUUUUUCACCCAUUUUUUUCACAUUUCCGAAGAUUUCCACCGUUGAUUUUGGGGGGUGAUCUUCUUUCAUUAGCCAUGCCCGCCACCGUACGAUCCAUCUCCAUUUCGACCUUCUUCUUCUUCUUCAUCAUCACUUUCUCUCUCUUCUCUUCGCCUUCUCUCGCCUCUGAGUCAGAUCACAAGUAUGAGCCAGAUGAGCAGGUAGUUCUAUGGGUGAACAAGGUUGGUCCUUACAACAAUCCCCAAGAAACCUACAACUACUUCAGCCUUCCAUUUUGCCAUCCGCAGGGAAAGGUUGCCCAUAGGUGGGGUGGCCUGGGUGAGGUUCUUGGUGGGAAUGAACUUGUUGACAGCGGACUUGAAGUUAAAUUUAAAAAAAAUGUUGACAGGGCUUCCAUUUGUGAACUUGAACUUGACCAAUCUAAAGCAACACAAUUCAGAGAUGCAAUCGAGAAUUCAUACUGGUUUGAGUUGUUCAUUGAUGAUUUGCCUCUGUGGGGUUUUGUGGGAGAGCUUCGUUUUGAUAAAACUGGCGAAAAUGCUAAGCACGUAUUGUACACACAUAGGAACUUCUUCAUCAAAUACAAUGGAAAUCAAAUCAUCCAUGUUAAUCUCACUCAAGAUGGUGCUAAGGCAGUGGAGGACGGAAAGGUGUAUGACAUGACCUAUUCUGUUAAAUGGAUUCCAACAGACGUCACCUUUGGCAGGCGUUUUGACGUUUACUUGGAUUACCCUUUUUUCGAGCACCAGAUCCAUUGGUUCUCCAUAUUUAAUUCCUUCAUGAUGGUCAUCUUCCUCACUGGUCUAGUUUCAAUGAUAUUGAUGAGAACCCUUAGAAAUGACUAUGCCAAGUAUGCUAGGGAAGAUGAUGACUUGGAAACCUUGGAAAGGGAUGUUAGUGAAGAGUCUGGUUGGAAGCUUGUUCAUGGAGAUGUUUUUCGACCUCCUCGCUAUUUAGCUCUGCUUACGGCUGUUAUUGGUACUGGAGCUCAGUUGGCAACUCUUGUUCUACUUGUCAUCCUUUUGGCAAUAUUUGGAACGUUGUAUAUAGGGAGGGGAGCAAUUGUCACGACUUUUAUUGUAUGUUAUGCCUUGACAUCAUUUAUAUCAGGAUAUGUCAGUGGUGGCAUGUAUUCUCGUAAUGGAGGGAAAAACUGGAUAAAGGCAAUGAUUCUAACCGCUUCCCUUUUCCCAUUUAUGUGCUUUGGGAUUGGAUUUGUUCUGAACACGAUCGCUAUAUUCUAUGGAUCUCUGGCUGCAAUUCCCUUUGGGACUAUGGUGGUAGUCUUUGUCAUUUGGGCUUUCAUCUCCUUCCCCCUUGCACUUCUUGGGACAGUUGUUGGAAAGAAUUGGAAUGGUGCACCUAACAAUCCAUGUCGUGUGAAGACUAUUCCUCGACCUAUUCCAGAAAAGAAAUGGUAUCUAACACCUUCAGUCAUAUCUCUGAUGGGUGGAUUGCUUCCCUUCGGAAGUAUUUUCAUUGAGAUGUAUUUUGUCUUCACUUCCUUUUGGAACUACAAGGUGUACUAUGUUUACGGCUUCAUGCUGCUUGUCUUUCUGAUUCUGAUCAUAGUCACUGUGUGUGUGACAAUUGUUGGAACGUAUUUCUUGCUGAAUGCUGAGAACUACCACUGGCAGUGGACUUCAUUCUUCUCAGCUGCAUCCACUGCCAUUUAUGUAUAUCUGUACUCUAUCUAUUACUAUCAUGUCAAGACCAAGAUGUCAGGCUUCUUCCAGACGAGCUUUUAUUUUGGCUACACAAUGAUGUUCUGUCUUGGAUUGGGGAUUCUUUGUGGAGCGGUUGGCUACCUCGGGUCGAAACUUUUUGUACGAAGGAUUUACAGGAACAUCAAGUGUGAUUAGUGAUCUGAUCAUCCAGUUCGAGAUUAUCUUUUUGGCUGAUUGAAUCAAUCACCCCAUUGACGGGUUCUUGUUUCAGAUGGACUAUCAUGGAUGGGAUCUUUCUGCAAGAAAAAUAGGUGGUUAGACGAACAAAUGCUUGAUUGAGAAUAGUUUGUGGGAAUGUGCAAUUUUGUUGGGUUCCCUAGAUAUAUGCAAAUUUUCACUGUAAUUUAGUCUUAUACUGGAAUGAGAUAGUAGAUUUUCACGUUGCUAGCUCUGAAAUUGAUGUUACUAUUUUACAUGCAUAAUUAAUUAAGCAGGUUAUGUUAUACUUAA